UAAAAAAAAAUGACGGCAAAUGAAGACGCACACACCUAAUUGAUCUUAACUCUGGCCUUGCUAUCCAGCUGCUACAAAGUGCCUAUUUCCUACUCCAUUUCAGAUGCAAAGCACCUUCUGCCCAAUGAGGACGAGUUUACCGCAGAACUGUGUAGAGUCUGAAAUUCGCGUACGAUUCUCUCACGUACCGAUCAAGAAUUUACCGACUGUUAUUAAUUCAGCGAGUACAUCAUCGAUUACUGUGAAGUGUAAACGUCAUGAGUAACUUUAUCAAAUAUCUACAUUGUGCUGAUAAGACUGAUAACAACGAGCACACUUUACACGGUGAAGGAUGCUUAGUUUCGAGUUGAAUUUCAGACACUACUGUGAUCAUGAUUCGAGAUCGGAUGCCAGACUUAUGUGCCACUCGGAGAAGCGGUUCGUUUGGACGAGGAUUUCUUCAAGAUGUUCAUAUUCAUAUGUCUCAGAAUAAAAAGCUGAGCAAAGUUCUUGAAGAAGUCGAAGAAAUACGGAGCUUGAUUCAGCUUAUCGUCGAAAAUAUAAGUAUUAUUAAGGACUUGCACAACAAUGUUCUUACGCAUAACAAUCGGGAAAUUCAGGGCGAGUUGGAAAGUCGCACGUUCACCGUUUCUCAAACAUCAUUUCGCGUGCGAGCAAUGUUAAAAGAUAUGGGAAAAGAGAUUUCGGCAAUUGAUGAUCUCACUGUGGAAAGUGCAAGAGAAGGACCAGCUUAUGCGAGAAUUAGAGUUUUACAAUAUACAACAAUGACUCGACUAUUUAGUGAAGUUAUGCAAGAAUACAAUGAGUCCCUAAUGAAGUAUCAUGAUAAGUGUUCGUCCCUUUUACAACGUCAAGGGACCCUGACGAGAAAAGAUAUCACUAGUGUGGAAUUAGAUGAGAUGAUGAAUACACAGGAAAGAAAUUUGUUUGUGGACAAUAUUCUUGAAGAUAGUAGACUAGUUAAGCAGCAGCUCUCGGAUAUACAAUCAAGACACAACGAUAUUAUUAAAUUGGAAAAAUCUCUCAUAGAAGUGCGCGAUAUGUUCACGGAAAUGGCAUUUCUAGUGGAAAAGCAAGGCGAUCAGUUAAAUUGUGUUGAAUAUUUUGCUGGGAAAGCUACACAUAAUAUUGACGGUGGACGUAAUGAGAUCCAUCGAGCAGAAAAGAAAAGUCACAAAUGGAGAAAGCGGAAAAUCAAAUUUAUUAUAAUUAUCGUUACAAUUAUUGUCAUUCUCUUGCUAAUAGCUAUUUUCUUUUAAAAUUAGACGUCUCAUGUACAUGCAAAAUAAACGAUUGUUAUUACAUAAAAAUAA